AAUCUGAUCGUUCCCAAACUACUAUAAGUACAAGACCCGGCACCGAGGCGCUGACCCUAAACCCACGGAGAGACUCUCGAUCGAGGCCUAAGAAACCCUAGCGAUCCUCCUCUCGAGACCCGCUCGAUCGACGUCCCAACCGAGAGCUAGCGGCGGCCAGCAUCACAUGGAGUCGGCGAUGACGACGUGGACGGCCGUGGCGUCGUCGGUGGCGGACCAGGGGCGGAAGCUGGCGGCGGCGGCUGGGCCGACGUGCUCGACCGUGGCGGAGAAGGGGCGUCAGGCCUGCUCGACCGCGGCGGACACGGGGCGCCAGGCGUGCUCGUGCGCGGCGGAGGUGGGGCGGCAGGCGGGGACGGUGGCCUGGAAGCUGACGCGGAGCACGGGGAAGGCGGCGUGGAUCGCGGGCACGAGCUUCCUGGUGCUGGUGGCGCCGCUCAUGAUCCUGACGGACCGUGAGGCCGGGUUCAACGAGAUUGAGAACGCGUGGACAGAGCACCAGACCCUCUUGGGCCCUCCUUCCUGGUAG